UAUAUAUAACCAUAUAGGCAUAAAUAUGAAGUUAAAAUCAUUAAUGUAACUUGAUUUUAUGAAACUAAAUUUUGAAAAACUGCAGCCAAACAAACAAACUAAAAACUAAAAUUAAAUAAUAAUUAAUUAACAAUUUUGUAAAAUGGUCUAAACCCGCCUGAAACUGCGUACUUUGUUUAGAACCGCCUAAUUCUGUCUAAUGACAAAAUACACUUCUCUGGAAUUUAGGAAUAUAUGUCCAUAAAGAUCUUAGUUAUGAGUAGUCGUUCAGAAACCUUUUUUUAAAACAGAUGGAAACAUCAGCUAAACAAAUUUAUCUUCAAUGGUCCGAUUAAGACAUCGUCGAAUCGAUUCAAUUAUAGAUGCCCACAUUGCUGAAAGUCGAAAAUGCAAAAAUGAUUUGACGCCGAUGCAUCGAAACUCCAGAUAUGCUCAUAAAUGAAAUUAGCAUUGUAUGCAUGUACAAGCCUAUAUCUAGUAAUCUAGAUGUGCCUACAAAUAGAAAAGAUAUAUGGAUACUAAAAACAUAUGUGUAGACGUGUAGAAGCAGAUGGAGACUUAUGAAAAUAAAUGAAGGGAAAAAGGCUUGGUGACAAGAAGCUUGUGAAUGAUCGAUGAGAAGCCUCUCUACACGUGGGGGGAAUGAAAAAGUUCUUCUUUUUCAUCUUCAUCAAGGCUAACAGUUUCUUCCAUUCUUUCCUCCCCUCUCCUCAACAACUUUCUUUUGGUUCACAUGUUAAUUUUGAAGAAUUUUACAUUCCGUGGUGUUAUUUUAUUGGGGACUUUUCUUUCUUAUCUAAGAUAACAUAUACUCAUUUAGAACCAAACUUAAUUUUAGGAUACACCAAAAAUUGAUUGAAAUUUACUAUACAAACAGUUAUACUUUUCCCCGACAUAUUCACUAUUUUGUGGCAAAAAAAGAGUACUGAUUAAUCAUGUGAGUUACCAGGUUCUCCUGUAACUGUAAUCGGACUUCGUAUAUGGAUCUAAAUGAUAUUAAUGGAACCGCAUGUAAAAGAAAAAUUGUUCCAAACGUUUCAACCUCUGUAGAACACGGUUAAAAAGUUUGUAGACCAAGGUUUUAAAAAGAUGUUAAAAACGGCUCAACUAACAACGCUAUUCAUCGUUUCACGGGGGUCGGAUGUGUAUCGCAAACCAAGCAAGGACCACUAAUUUAGUUUCUUGGUUACAUAAAUUAAAGUUUUGUUAUGAAUCUACAAAAUGCAUAUGAGGUAGGGAGAUAGUAUAAUUUUGUGUAAGGGAGGAGCAAUAAUAUCCCGUGAUUCCCGUUGGAAAAAAAAAGACGAAAUAUUUGUGUAAUGGAGUCUACAUCAGGGACAGCUGAGCAGUCACACGCCUUGUAAUCUAAUUUACUUGUCUAUCUACCACUCUCGUUUGUCUUUUGCCGUUAGCAUUAAAUGCCAUGCAAAACCCUAAAUCCCAUCGUCUCAUCAAUCCUUUUUGUGAAAAUAUAUCCUUUUUUUGUUAUGAAAAUAUUUCUACGUGCCAUUAUUUAACCAUGUGUUAACUAGCAUUGUAGUUAACUAGUAUUGUAGUUACUUAUUUUGUAAAUGCUGAAGUAUGCCAAAACACUUAAUAUUUGAUAUUCUACAUCUAUAGAUACAAGUUUCCAUUAGUGUUUUUUUUGUUUAAAAGUUUCUAUUAGAGUUUAUCACUGGUAAUUGUGUAUUCCAGUUGAUCGGUAUAUUACUGCAAACCAAUUGAAAAUAAAUCCAAUUUCAAAAGGCAUUUCUUGUACAUACAAUUAAUAUUUUCUAUAAAAUUUAUUGAUGUCACGUACUGAAUCUUCUAAAACAUUAAGGAUCGAAAAUAAAGUUGCAAACAAAAAGACGGGUAAAAGGAGAAUUAAGUUAAAAAAAAAAAUCAAAGAUCUUAAGAAAAAAAUUAUUUAUCUCGAUCAUUCAUGACUUGCACAUUAAUUGACAAAGGUCUUACUCAAGUUCUUGAAAGUUUAAACUUUAAAUCCUAAUUCCGACAAAACUACUCUAGGUAUAUUUUAAUUUUGUGAAUUCUAUUUUGCAUUAAACUAUUGAUUCUGUAGGUGUCAACAUAUUUUAGAUUCUUGGUGUUUUGUUUGUUUCUAAACGCAAAUAAUAUCUUAAUCAUACAUUCAUACUAAUUAAUGCAUUUGAUAUAGUGUUAGUCCCGAUACAUGAAUUUUAUUUAUAUCUAUCAUACUAAUCAAAAGGCCAGUUUGAUGAAUCAAGGGUAAUUUAGACUACUUAGAAUAUUAGCAAACGACCGUAAUUUCUAUCUUUGGAUCAGUUUUCAUCCUUGCUGGUGACACAAUACUAAAAAAGUAAGCGUUACUUGUAAUUCUUUGGUAUUUUAUGUUAUAGGUAAAUAUAUCAAUCUAUCUCCUUUAAAUGAUAAAAUAUAUAGUUUUCUCCCUGCAUGCUAAAUACUAACAUUAUGCAUGCAUACAUAUAACAUUUUACAAAUAUAUAUAUAUAUAUAUAUAUAGAGCUGUCUACAGGAGAAAAAUGCCAAAAUCAAUUAGCUGGGAACAGAAAAGAAAAACUUUUUAGCAUCUGCAACAAGAUUUAGGUGAGUGUUUGUCUACAUGCCCCGGGAGGAGGAGAGAGAGAGAGAGAGAGAGAGGAGGGAAUCUGAAGUGUAUAUUGAUUUAGGGUUUCUCAUAGACAAAGACCAAAUCUCCAUGCUUUGAACCAAGCAUAAUUCAUCUUGUCUUUUAUCUCUUUCAUCUCAAAUCAAAGUAUUGAUUCUAUCCACUUGUUCCAAAACCUAUAUCCAAAGUCUAAAGGCUCCAUAUCUCCGGCCCUUUACAAAGAAAAUGAUCCCAAAUAUGGAGGGAAGCGUGAAGACUACUGACAGGGAGGAAGAGGAGGAGGAGGAAGAAGAAGAAGGUGAAGGAGAAGAGAGUAAGGUUUCAAGCAAUACUACAGUAGAAGCUGAGGUUGGUAAGAAGACGAAGGUGAGGCCUUAUGUGAGAUCUAAAGUCCCUCGACUCCGGUGGACUCCUGAUCUUCAUCUCCGCUUUGUCCGUGCCGUCGAAAGACUUGGAGGUCAAGAAAGAGCAACUCCAAAAUUGGUCCGACAGAUGAUGAACAUCAAAGGGCUCAGUAUUGCUCAUGUCAAGAGCCAUCUACAGAUGUACCGGAGCAAGAAGAUGGAUGAUCAAGGUCAAGCCAUAGCUGAUAACAGACAUUUCAUCGAGAGUUCCACAGAUCGGAAUAUUUAUAAAUUAAGUCAGCUACCGAUGUUCCGAGGCUAUAACACUAAUCAUAGCCACGAUUCUCCAUUCAGAUACGGAAGUAGAUUUUCAAAUGCUUCAUUGUGGAACUCUAGCUCCCAUGAGACAAACCGGAGUUUGAUAGAUAGGACCGGUUUAAUUCGCGGCUCGUCGGUUAACAAUAACAUCCAUGGUAGUGAAUAUUGGACUAACAACAGGUCUUUCCAAAACACCUACUCUUCUUCAGUUUCUAAUCACUUACCAAAGCUAAGACACAACCAUCAAGAACGGAACAACUUAGCCACAUUCAACAGCAUUCAAGGACAUUCAAGAACGUUUGAGAAGUUCGAGACCGGUAUUGAAGAGAGGACCAAUCAUGUUUAUUGCACCAAGACAACGGGCAAAAGAAACGCAAGUACCAGCCUCGAUCUUGAUCUCUCUCUUAAGCUAAGAGUACCCGAGGAGACAACUUUGGAAGAGACAGAAACAGCAACAACGGAUCAAACGUUGUCGUUGUCGUUAUGUUCAUGGAAAAAGAGCCGAGUGAUCAAGACGGAUGAAGAGGAUCGGACGGUUAAGAUUGGACAGGCAAGUACUCUGGAUCUGACUCUAUGAAUUAUAGGUAAGAAUGAGACAAAUUCUAAGUGAGAUCCUGAGGUACUUAUCCAAUAAUAUCUUAAUAUCAGUGCCUUUAUUGUUAAGUAUUUAUGUACUUUAUUUAAUAUUAUUAGAAAGAAACAAAAAGGUCUGAAUAUAUAAACAUUUUGAGUUUGUUUGAUACCACCAAUUUGUAUCAUCACAUAUAUAUUAAAAAAUGUUACUAGCUGCAUGAUGA